CUCCAACAUUACCUCCCAUCCUGUCGCCGCGUUCAACCCUUCAACCCACUCCAGCGUGACCGGCCCGGUCCUCAAGCGCGCCUCUCCAACGCCCGGAGUCAUUAAUAUCUCCUUUGCACUCCAAUACGUGUUGUCACUGUCUCCUCCCCGACUAUACUGGCUUUUGUGAAGGGAGCUGCACGUCACCUCGCCCCUUCCCUCGUCGCCUCGAGGGAAGGUCAGGUAAACUCUCAACUCCUGGCAAUGCUCUUGUCGGACGACGACAUCGGCGGCUUCAACAAUCCAAUCUACUUAUCAAGUGGGUCCUCAGGUACGCCACUCAACGACGCCGCCUCAACUAUCUCGUCACUUAGCGAUAUGGAUCUCGAGAGGGCGUUGAGGGAGCUGCGGGCCAACGACGCGCGAAGUGGCAAUGCCAAGGCCGGCCCCUCGCGCAUUAAGCCUCCCACAGCUCCACGCUCUCCCCGUGCUGCUGGCAAGCGUCGUAGGAUCGACGAAACGCUUGUUUCUGGGUAUGACUACUCCGAGCGGAGCAAGAAGAAGGUGCACCCAACAGCAACCGCUUCUCAGUCUACCCUCACAACGUUCAUUAAAACGUCGCCUAGCAGUAAAAACAACUCUCAAGGCGAUAUUCGUUUGGGCGGACCCUCACGGAAUGCGCCUUCUUCCGUUGUAUGCCAACCCUUCCCCAAGACCGCCCCGGGCAGUCAGCCAGCACCUUCGAAUCAGCCCGGCAGCCAAUCGUCAUCUAUAAGGAAGCUAGGCGGCUCAUCAAUUGAGGAUGCCAUUGAGCUCGAUUCCGAUUCCCCCUCUAACCCGCAGCCGGCAUCUCGAGGCCAUGGUUCACGCCCCUCGUCGCGCUUGCGGUCUCGGCCUCCCUCCGUGCAGGUCAAAUCAGCGACUCCGAAAAGGCAACGAUGGAGGCCGAACAACAGCUCACUACCUAUUGUGGUGUCCGACUCUGACGAUGAGAUUCCUGCCCCACGGCCUUCCCAGCGAGGUUUGACCUCCACAUUAUCACCUCAGAAGUCUCUGAGAGAUCAGCGGAUUCUCGUGCCGGAGACCAUCGUCUCACCGGUCCGGGGGCGCAUACUAGUUGACGAGACUGUCCCUCCACGCCCUCGCAACACCACCACAAUUGCGACACAGACAACUCUCGUCCCCGACUCCGCCGUGUCUUCUGCAGGUGCUGUUGUCUGUGACGACUCGGUCUUUCCAGAACCUGGCCCACUUCGUCGCCACUGCAGGAGUCGUUCCGCCGUGACCCCGGAAGAGCGGCGCGAGCGGCAAAGGCGCGCGAACCAAAAGGCCAUGACACCCGCUCCCAUACCUGAACUUCCGUCCAUCCUCGAUGGUCUCGCCAAAACACCAACGCCUAAGAAGCCGGCGCCUCGGGAGACGGCUCCGCCGCCUGAUUUGAACCCCUCCAGGCGCCGUCUGUUCACCGCUAACCUCGACGACGAGAGCUACCGACCCAAUCCCGGCACUGCGUUUGCUCGCCCCGUCAAGCCAGCCAAGGUGGCCGCUUACCAAGCUAGCAGACCCCGGCGCAGCGUUCCGGAACAAGGCAAGUAUGCUCUACCCGCGGUCGACACCCCGAUUCACCAGUGGCCAUCAAAGCCGGGGACCUCACACAAUGCAACCUCGAGUAAGCGCAAAUCGACUGAACACCAAUCCAAAACUCCGGCCCCAAUUGAGCGCAAGUCGAAGACGCCGGUGGCGGCCCAGCGUAGAUCCAAAACACCAGCGGCGACGGAGCGUAAUUCCAAGACGCCGAUACCAGCUGAGCGAAAGUCGAGCACGCCUACCAUCUCGUCCCGGAAUCGCACUCCCGCACUGCGGACACCUUCUAAGGCCGUCGCAGGUCUUCACUCCCCAGCGAAGGCGGCACCGCACAAGCAAACGUCUCUCGCGCCGAUCGCGCCCAAAUCUGUUACUCCUUCUCGCACGCCUGUCACUUCGCAGCGGCGGCGCUCUCGGUCUCUCUCAAGUUGCUUGACUCCGCUCCCUCCAACUCAGCUGCCAGUCCGCAGUCCUGCCAACAUUCAACGUGAACCCUCAGCUUCCAGCCCGCAUACAUUGCCGUUAGAGGUCGAACAGUCGGCAUCACGCAAGGGCGGCGAAACGCCUGGCGCGGUUGCCCAAGCCCUCCCCCUGGAAUCUGAGGCCGAAGGGGCGGGUUCCGCCAUCCACGACGACGAUGACGGGUCAGACUUCGGAUUGGACAUGUACGCCGACUUUGCACAGUUUGCUGGCAGUCCUUCGACACAGCCACUUCUCAAUACGCCUUCAAAGUGCAAUCUCAUCAGACCCAGUAGCUCUCCGGUUGCUAUGAAGACGUCCCGCUCUCCGAUGGCCUCCGAAGUGGGAGUCGUGAGCGGGAUCGGCCCUUCCAGUCCUUACCAUCACAUCCCUAGAUCGUCUGGGGCGCGUCUGAGGUCGUCACAGUCGCCACUGUCUCCCACUGCGCGCCUGCAGGCCGAGGAUCAUCAGCGUGAGCGCAAGCUGGCAGAGGAGCGCGAGCAUGCGCAGCAGGCUGCUGCACAGCGUGAAGCCGAGAAUCGGGCGCGGUUAAUGGCCAUGAGAUUCCUUGAAGGAGACAGCGAUCAAUCUGACGACGAGCAGGAGAUUCGCUUGUCGCAAAUCUUUCAGGACAUUGCCAGAAGCCCGUCACCAGGUCCUAGACGCUCCACCAGACAGCGCCACUCCAUCUCCAAGGUCUCAGACUACACUGAAGACCUACCUCAACGACCCCAGCUCUCGCCCAACAACAAGCACGCCUUGUUGUUCAAAGAGCUCGACCGCGAUGUCAAGCGCGGUACGACCACUGCGCAUAUUGAAGCGGCGUGUUCUGCUUCUGCAAGCCCAGAGCGGCGCAAGCUCGACCUUGCGAGCAUCAGCGGCGUUGACGGCCAGGUGCUGGCGGAGGCGCGGCGCGUCCAGCUGGAGGCCGCCCGAAAGGAGGAGCAGGAGGCAGUGUAUGCGGUAUUCUGGGAAGAUCUCAGGCUGGCAGAGGAGCGACCAUUGCUACCAUUCUGCUGUGCCUACGAGGACCCUGCUGUGGAAAUAUUGGAGGAGGUUUACGACGAGUCGACACUUUGCCAGCUCAUCUCUUGUCUCCCCAUCCCGGAAUCGACUGAGACUGUCCUAAACCAGUGGCUUCUCGAGUUGGCCUUUUGUGCUCACGACGAAGAGCUGGCUUACACUGCUUUGGAGCGCGUGCUUGAGAACAUUGCGAGCGCGAGGACAGAGCCGGUCGAGCCUCCGGAGGGCUUGUUUACUAUGAUGACCUCGGCUUGGUUUCAGCUCGGAGGCAAAGUGAGACAGUCAGACCGACAUUUCGGUCGCGUCGCUCGCGACCGGGCCACCGCAAGCUCUUACAUCUGCCGCAUCGCCUCGACUGCAGCGAGCAAUGGCUGGCUUGAUGCUCAGUGCACGGGGCUGAUGCUCUGCCACCUUUCCAUCCUCGCGAGCGAUUCCUCGACCAGCGCGGCUCUGAGGCGCGAAAUCGAGGCGACCUCAGCGGUCCUGUUUGAGGCAGCCUCAAAGUCUGACGAGUACAGUCACAUGAUUGCGAAGCGGCUCACAUCCCUCCCGCUUGUCCCUCAAGUUCGCGCUCUACAUACCCUUGGGCAGAGAAACAGCGCGACACGCGCAGCUGUGCGGUGGGUUGCGGCGAGCUUGUUACUCCCAGAGGAUUUGGAGGACGCCACAGAUGGCAACCUUGAGCGCCCCAGUGUGCAUCACAUCGUGCAGGCCCUUAACUGUAUCGAGGAUGAAAUCCGCUCCGAGGACGCUGAAUACGGACGCAUCAGCAACCUCCUGGCACUGUGGUGCGCCGGCCUGACCGAUAUCGACGACGGCUGGGCCCGGGACCCCGAGGCCAAGCUGUUGGUGCAAGACACUGUGCGAGUGCGGGACCUGGUGCGCGAGAACCCGGAGGACCCGGCGACGAGCGAGGUUAAGGGCCGCCUGCAGCUUUUUCACCACAUUGUGAAUCUGCAUGUUCAGGCUGCCACCGAUCGUGAGCAGCGCGCUCGUGUAGCAAGCAUGGGGCUCGAAGUGGGUAAGAUGGGACAGACGAGGCUGAGCUUUGGGUUGGGGGAGAGUAAGGACAACGAAGAGUGAUGUGGUGCAAAAUUACGGGUAGAAAUAGACGUAGAGCGCACAUAGUGCAUGGUUGUAUAUAUAUUUUGGCAUUGUAAUACUCUAUGAACCGGUGAGACUAGU